GAAAAAAACAAAAAAAUUGUGGCUACGUGUUAGGUAAAAAUCACGUAAAUUAAUGAAAUAGCCGGUAGUCGUAGUACUAGUAGCUGUGAUUAAACUAAUUGCUCUCUCUCUCUCUAUCUCGGAGGAUCCGCCUUUUGUCCGGAGUGAAAGUACGAUCGACGGAGCGUGCGAUAUGGGUCUUUUUAGCCGGGUGCGAAGGGCUGUGAUCAACUUUUUGAUCUUCUUCUUCCUGAUUGUGCUGUUGCCUGGACUGCCGCCAAACACGACCUUCCCGUUCGAAGGAUUCAGGAUAUCGAAGCCGCGCGAGCUGAAAGGAGCGCUCGAGCUGACCGAUCAUCUCGACAACGCGGAACGACUAUUCGAGGGAAAGAUCUAUGGCCCGGAGGCGAUUCUGGUGAAUGGGAAGGAUCUGUUUACUACGAUUCACGGCGGUGAGGUGAUCCGCAUCAAUGGCCAACACAUCACGCACAUUGCCAAGUUUGGUAAACCCUGCGAGUUGUCUUUCGAAGAGGAAAUCUGUGGCCGACCACUCGGUCUGGCAUUCGAUACGAAGGGCUCCAACUUAAUCGUGGCCGACGCCUACUACGGUCUGUGGUCAGUGGAUUUAGCCAAGGGUGGUGAAAAGAAGCAGCUCGUCUCCCCGGAUACCGUGCUGGAUGGCAAGGGAGUGAACCGUAAACCAAAGCUGUUCAACAGUGUGGCCGUUGCCCGAAAUGGAGACAUCUUCUGGACGGACUCAUCGUCGGACUUUACCAUCCAGGACGGAGUGUUUACCGUCUUUGCCAACCCGUCCGGUCGCUUGUUCCAGCUGGAUCGUGCCACCGGUAAGAAUAAGGUGCUGCUGGAUCGACUCUACUUCGCGAACGGUGUUGCGGUGAGUCCGGACGAGGAGUUUGUCCUGGUGGCGGAGACGAUGGCUUCUCAGAUCCGGCGUUACUAUCUGAAGGGCCCGAAGGCAGGCACCGAUGAUGUGUUCAUUGAUGGGCUGCCAGGUUUGGUCGAUAAUCUGAUCGCGGAUGCUGAAGGCAUUUGGGCACCGCUCAUACAGGCGGUGGACAGUGAAAAUCCGGCCAUUUCUCAGCUCAUAUCGAACGUUCCGCUUAUCCGCAAGUUCCUCAUCCGUAUGCUCGCGUUGGCAGAGCUACCGAUACGAUUGAUUCAUCAGGUGCUGCCGAAUGUGCACACGCAGCGACUGAUUCAUGCGAUUGGCCACUUUGAGUCGAUUAACUUCCUGGCACCGAGUCGUCAAACCGUGGUCAAAAUCAGCUGGGGAGGUAAACUGCUUGGAUCGUUGCACGGUACCGAUGGUACCGCUGGCGGUAUUUCCCAUGUCGCCCAAAUGGGUGACCAUCUGUAUCUGGGCUCACCGUUCAACAAGUUCUUGGCCCGUGUUCCGGCUCCGAAAAUGCCCAAGAUUGAAGUGCGCGAUAUAAAGUACAAACCGGCCACGGAAACUAUGCCACCCCCAGCCAAACCUGCGCCAACCACAACUACGACGGCGAAGCCUACCACGACUACGACUCCUAAACCGACGACGACGACUACUACGACGCCUAAACCGACGACGACGACCCCAAAACCGCCUACCACGACAACAACUACCCCAAAGCCUACUACAACGACGACUACCACCCCGAAGCCAACGACCACUACUACCACCACGCCAAAGCCAAAACCGACGACGACGGCCACGCCAAAGGCUACCACCGCCAAGCCUAAACCACAAUCAGAGACAAAAACGGCCGAGAAGAAACCGGAAACCACGAAACCCCCGGCCGCACCAACGACUACUGCAGCUCCACCGACUACGACUACUGGAAAACCAGUGGAUCCGGCUCCAAUUCACGAGGCGGUGCCCAACGAUACUCCCAAACCGAAGCAAGAGAAAUUGAAGAUAAUUAAGAAGGGAGGUGAGCAAGGGGAACUGUAAGGGAGCAAUACAACGAAACGUGUCCGUGGUGUCUAACUGCACAAAAAGAACUCUUCAUCGGAACGGUGUUCUAAAGGUAUCGUGUUAGGAGGUAGCGGGCGUAAUUUUUUUUAACUGCUCCAUUAAUUUUUGAUUAGCUCUCAAACGUUACCGUUAAAUUUAACUUCCAACAAUCUACAAUUCUGAGCAUCGCCGCGAACCACAGUAGAUAGCGCAUUCCAGUGCAAAAUGAUUAACCAGUGCGAAAUGGAGCCGCCCCGUUAAUUGCAGCUAAUAAUGUUAAACAUUCUUGUUAUAUUCAUUCCAUGCGUGAUGUGUGUUGUUCGGCUUUCUUUCUUUUCUACACGCGAGAUUUUGUUUUUGGGUUUUCUCUUUUGUGAUUUUCAUUUCCAUUUCCAGUUAUUUCUAAGUGAACCAGAACCCAACAUGAGAACAACAUAAGAUCACUUUCGUCGUUUUUCUUCUGACGAAAAAUUGGCCAGCGAUAAGUGAGGAUAGGCGUAGCGUAGUAAUCACAUCGUAGGAAAAUACUAAGUACUCAUUGAAAUUGGAUUUGGAUCUGUCGUACUCGUUUGGUUGUAAUUAUUGUUAGCUCGAGGGAUAGCUGCUGCGUCCGUUUUGUAUUCUUCGUUCACAAUCAAUCUGUCCAGGGGUCCAAAUGGAGAUGGAUAAAUACAUAUUUGAAUUGCUUGGGGA